AUGGCUGGCGGCGUGGUGGCCCGGAUAGAGGCGUGGCUGCGGCAGGCGGGGGUUUGGUGGGAUGAGGAGCUCAUGCGGAUCUGCGGCAGCGCGGAGGCGCCAAGCGGUUUUGCGAUGGGCGUCGUGGCGACCACAGAUAUUCCCGAAGGGACGUCACUGUGCACGAUCCCGAAGCGUGCCGUGUUAUCAAUCAAGACCACAGGAAUCGCCGAUCUGAUAGAGCAGAGCGACAUCCGCGGGGGGCUCGCCCUCACCGUGGCUGUGAUGUACGAAAUCGCUCUGGGUCGGGAAUCGCCGUGGUUCGGAUACUUAGAAACGCUGCCUUCACGAGAGUACCUGCCCAUCUUUUGGCCAAGGGAGGAUCUGCAACUGCUGAAAGGGACUGAUUUGGAGGGCAGGGCGGGAAAAGACAUGGAGUUGACGCGAGAUGACUAUGAGUCAGUGGUCCCAUUCAUAUCGCAGCAUCCUGACAGGUUCAGCAACCUGACUAUGGAUCUGAAGGCUUUUCGCGAGGCAGCUUCACUUGUCGCAUCGAGGGCAUUCAUAAUCGACAAGGAACAUGGUGAUGCUAUGGUUCCUCUUGCUGACCUUUUCAAUCACAAGGCUGCCAUUCUUCAUUUCUCAAGUGAGUACAUCGUGGAGGGUCAGUCAUCAGACGAUGAAGACUCUGAUGGCGAUGGAAGCAAUGGGGAAGCCGCAGCAGAAUGCAAUGAUAAUGUACCAGAAGGUGACCCAGCCACAGAAACCAAGAGCUGUGCACAAACAUGUGACAAGGAAGAAGGUGCCUACUGCUGUCCACAAGUGCUGCUGCGAAGCAAGUCAAGGGCUCUCCUUUUUGAAAACUGUCUGUGA